GUAUAAUAAUCACACUCAGCAUGUUAGCCAGAACCACAAAUGGAGUUAGAGCUUUAAGACUCGUUAGAUACAACUCCGUGGUAGUCCCCAGACCAAAAACCACAUCUACAGGAUUAACCAAAGAGGAAUUAAAAGACAAUGAAGUAGUAGUUAAUCAAGCUCCUAAUAGAAGUACUACUUGGUCAGAUAGUCAAGAAUCCAGAAUAAAUAUUGUUAGUAAACAUCCGGUUAGAUUUGUUCAAAGAGAAUUAGAUCAACAACCAAGAGCUUAUGCUGCUAUAGAUUUAAUUGCUAAAGAACCUAUUAGAUAUUUAAGUCAUGAAGAAGGUAAUAUAGCUGUAUGUGAUGGUAAUAAAGGUAGCACAUUACAGGGACAUCCUAAAGUAUUCAUUAAUUUAGAUCCUGCACGAGCUCAUUCGUGUGGAUAUUGUGGAUUAAGAUAUGCCAAGGAGGAGUUUAAGGAUAUUAUUGAAGCUCAAGAAUAAAUGCAUUGUAUACAUAGAUAGUAUACUAAUAAAUAGUCAAUUGUAAAUUACUGUGAAAUUACUGUAGAUAUGAAGGCAGUUACUGAAUAGUCUACAUACUGUGUUACUAGAAAUUGUAGAUACUCAUCAUUCUAGAAACUGUAGAUAUAGUACUAGGCAUACAAUAGAUACAGAGUAGAUGUAUACAAAC